AUGAAUUCAUCAUGUUAAUAAAAUUGGCCAGAAAUUAGAUGUUAAUAUGCUAGGCAUAAUGAAAUGCCAUGUAAAUAUAUUUGCAUCGAUAAUAACUGCAAAAAAAAAAAAAUCGUUUGUUUUCGUUGCUUUUAAGAUAAAGAAUAUCAUUAAAAUCAUCAAGGAUUGACUAUUGAGGAGUUUAAAUAAAAAGUUCAAUUAAGAUUAGAGAACCUUUUUAAAUUAAAGCAAAUUUUAUAAGAUUCAAUAAAAAAUUUCCAGAGCUUUAUAUAUAAAUAUGAAGAAUCUGUUGAAGCUCUUAUUAAUAAGGGUAAACAGUAUUCUUCUCCAGGAGAACUGUUAAAAAUUGAAACCAUAGACAAUUAUUUCGUUUUAGAGAACGAUCAUUUUGCUCCAUAUAUGCAAUAACAAUUAGAAAAAAUACGACAAAGAACAGAUAAAAUUACUAAAUUUACUUAAGAUUUUAAAUUUAUAUUCAAUGAAGAAGAUAUUAAUAAGGUUAAGCUGAAAGUAAUUAAAAUGUUGAAUGAGAAAAAACAACUAGAAAAACCUACUGAUUAUACAGAUGCCAUUACAGAAUUAAAUAAAGCCUUAAAAUAAUAUCCAACUAAUUGCAGUUUACUUUCUCUCAAAGUAUCACUUUUUUAAUUUUUAGUGUACAUGUCUAGCAAAUUAAAAUUAGAUUGAGGAGGCGAAGAAAUUAAAUGAAUAUGCUUUUUAAAUUAAUUAGAAUGAUGAAACAGUUCUAUUGUUUAGAGCUAAAUUGAAGACUGAAAAUAAAGAGUAUGAGGAAUGCAUUUAAUUAUAUGAUCUGAUAACAGAACCUAAUAAGUAUUUAGCAUACUACAAAUGUACUUCCUUCUUAUUUAUUUAGUGGAUUCAUUAAUUGAAUUGAAAAGGGAGGCAGAAGUCAAAAAAUUUUUAGAAUAAUGCGAUAAAUAAUUAGGAUAGAGUUUUAAAUGGAGUUAUGAAGAGCAUAAAAAAGGGUCAGGUAAAAUCAGGAAUGAAAUAUAACAUCCAUAACCAUAAUAGUGAAUUCCCU